AUGAGAGAACGCAUCCUGUGGGCCAACAGCUCCCUAGAGGAGGAUGCCUUGGGGCGCUUACUCCUAUCCAGCGGCGUCCCGCAGAAGUUCCUCGAUGAAUGGAUGGACAAUCCGGACGUAGAUGGAUGGUUUGUAGGCACCAAGCGCAUGUCUGGACCUUUGUUUGCCUGCACGGAGGCUUGUGAUACAGUCACCUUCAGAGACUCUGCGAUUCGCUUCCUUCGGGACAAGGGUGAGUGUUUGCAUUGCAGUACCUUAACAGCAAGGCGUAAACUCACGAACUGGACCACGGAGACGUCUGGCGGAGAGAAGCCCAAAACCAUGACCAUCUUGCACUUCAACGACGUUUACAAUGUGGAGCCAAGGGCCAAGGAGCCGGUUGGUGGCAUCUCCCGCUUCGUCACCCGCAUCAAGGAGUUGAAGGCGGAAUCGGUGGCUCGAGGAGAAUAUGAGGCUGUGGUCCUUUUCAGUGGAGAUGCGUUCAAUCCAUCCCUGAUGUCCACCACCACGCAUGGUAAGCACAUGAUCAAGGCCCUGAAUGCGAUUGGCAUUCACACAGCAUGCUAUGGCAAUCAUGAUUUUGACUUUGGGGUUGACAAUCUCGAAGCGCUUGCAGCCUCCAACAAUUUUCCGUGGCUCAUCAGCAACGUGACCGACAAGAAGACGGGGCGGCCAUUGGCAAAUGGCAUUGUCACCCGCAUGAUGGACUUUCACGGCAGGAAGGUUGGCCUCAUUGGUUUGGUUGAAAAGGAGUGGUUGGUGACGCUGGCGACGAUCAACCCAAGUGAGGUGGAAUAUGAGGACUUUGUGCCUUGUGCCCGGCGGCUAGCAAAACAGCUGAAGGAGCAAGAACGUGCCGAGAUAGUUAUUGCGUUGACGCACAUGCGGGUUCCCAACGAUGAACUGCUGGCCAAUGAG